UGUCACUUUUUCUUUCAAUCAAUUUCUUCAAUUGUCUUCAGUUUAGUAUUUGCACGUUCCACUCAGUAUCGAAACUCAAACGAUUGCGAUUUGUCGUUUUCGUGGUUGCUGCUCCACAUUGAUUUUUGCUAAAUUCACACAUCCAAACAUACAUAAUUAAAUGUACAAUAUUCACUAAAUUAAUUUUCAAAUACCAGCCAACCAAAAAAAAAAAGAAAGAAGUGAACCAUGUUCGAAGACGCAGAUAAUUUGGCCGACCUAUUCCGUGGCGGAUUACCAAUUUACAUUUUAAUUACGUUGCCCAUUCUCAUGAUUUGUUCAUCGAAUCCAGUGUUAGCUAGUAGCGAAUUUAAUGUGCAACGAAUGUCCCAAUACGAUUUACACGGUGUUCCAUUUGGAUGUCGUGCAUCUGCCAUCAACUUAGAAGCCAAAUCACUUUACACAUGGUCAACAUCUAGACACUGUGUGUUAUCAAGAUUUCAGGAUCUAACAGCCGACCAAUUUCGUGAAAUUCGUGCCAAAGCCGGUGGCCUCAUUCUUUUGCUACCUCAAAAUUUGACUGAACUCAAUGCCGAACAACGUCAGCAAAUAUCGAUUUUAGAACAAGCGAUGUUGGCCCAAGAGAUUUCAAUACCAGUAUUCUUUUCGAAAUAUGAUACGGAACUCAACAAUAUUAUCGAUGACAUUUCAAAGCUGAAGACCAACGAAAAAGAUGAUGUUGCCGAAAUUAAAAAUGCCGGCAAACGCGAUUCAGCUUUGGGUGAAAUUAUAAAUUCGAUCUCAGCCAAUGGAUAUCAGGUUCAAGUGAGCGGUGCUCAUCAUUCACCAAACAAACAAUCCAAAAUUCCAAUCGUUCAAGGUGAACUCUAUCCAAUAUUGCAAGCAUCCAGCGAUGCAUCCACAAAUAACAAGUUACCCACAAUCAUCAUAACAGCUCAUAUCGAUAAUUUUGGAUUGAUUAAUAACCAAUUGAGCAACGUUGAUGCGGCUAUAUUCUUCAGUCUAAUGGACACAUUCAGCAAAGUGCAUAAUUCCAUUGGAAUGGCACCAAAGUAUCGUUUCUUAUUUUUACUCACCGAAUCUGGUAAUCUAGUCAAUUUCCAAGGUACAAAAAAAUGGUUGGACGCAAAUGUUGACGAAAAUUCGGCAUUACAAAAUGUUGAAUUCGUAUUGUGUUUGGAUUCGUUGGGCAAAACUAGUUUGAAUGAAUUAUUUGUGCAUGUAUCGAAACCACCCAAGGAAGGCACCAACAUUAAUACGUUCUAUAAAUUGUUGAAACAAAAUGCUCAACGAUAUGCAAAUCAAUCGGUCGAAGGUGUACAUAAAAAGAUCAAUUUAGCCGAUGCACAGCUUGCAUGGGAACAUGAGCGCUAUAGCAUGAAACGCAUACCAGCAUUUACCAUAUCAAAUUUAAAAUCAUACAAAGAUCCACAACGAACCACCAUCUUUGAGGAAAGUCACAAGAAAACACUUGAAAUUGCCCAAUUGAAUGCCAAAGUUAUUGCUGAAACUCUCGCCAGCUACGUUUAUCGAAAUACAAGCGCGGCCAAUGGAGAUUCUCAAACACCAACCGAACCAAAUACAGAAAUUUUCACAGGAACCAUUGCAAUCACAAGUGAAACAGUCCAACCAUGGCUUUAUUCUCGCUCAUCUUUGAUCAAUAAUGAUGUUAAGAAUGCCUUUGAAAAAUACUUGAAAAAUGUAAAAAUUUCAUACGAUAAACCAGACCAACGUGAGCCAGACUUUAUGUUCUACGACGGACAAGACGGUGUACUGAACAUUUACAGUGUAAAACCAGCUGUUUUCGAUCUAUUUUUAACCAUUGUGAUAAUCUCAUAUUUGAGCACGGUUUACUUUGCCAUACUGUACUUCGGUCAUUUUUAUAGUGCAAUUUGUAAAUUAAGCAAUAACAACAAAACAAAAGUAAACUAAGCAACAAAACGGAUUAAACCGUUCAACUGUAUGAGCUAAGCAACAAAACCACGUCGAUUCGGUGACAUAUGUGCCGUAUCCAUGAACCAACUUUUAAUGAUUAAGUCACGUAGUUUGCAAUUGUUUUUCCUUUUGUUAUUCCCUCAUAUGGAAUUCGAUCCAGAUACGUUUAAUAGAGCGAAAAACAAUGUCAAUGCAUUUUCAAAAUGUAGAAGAAGAAAAAAACAUAGACCCAAA